ACAGCGAUCGUUUUGUGGAAACUAUUCAAACACUGGAUAUUAUAAAUAUGAAAGAUCUAGUACAAAAGUGUCAGUUUUACAAGAUAACACUGAAAGAAUCAUUACCAUUCAUUCCAAAGAAAAUUUGGUAUCAAAAAGUUUGGCCGUUUUUGCAACAUGAAAUGUUAAAACCAGAUGUAUCGGCUGCAGUCUUGCAUCCAGUAAUAUUCUUAAUUCAAGAGUCUACUCUUGAGGACUACGAAAUGCUCAUGUUGCCUGCUAUGAGUAAAAUAUUCAAUGGUCCAAAACAUGUUCCUGUGCAAGUGAUAUUAUUGGAAAACUUACAUGUAAUAUUAGAAAAAACACCAAGAGAUGACAUCAGAAAAGAAGUACUCCCUUUACUGUACACAGCAUUUGAUUUUUCAGACAUAGAAGUGCAAGUAAGUACUAAGUUUUAA